CUAAGGACGAGGGGACGAACAACACAGAUACGGUGAGUAUUGCAUCAGCUUGAUAUUUGAUAUUAGUGACGUCCUUUGAAUGGCUUUCACUUGAAUUCUUUAACAUCUAAAGCAGCUUCGGUUUAUUUGUUCACGCUGAAUUGGAGAAAUGUUCGCGAGCUUAUCCUAACAUUCUUGUAGACUGAAUGGGCGUUUGCAGGAUACUAUGAGUAGUAUUUCUUUCCAUCAAAUCCAUAAAGCAUCGAAGUUGCAUUACAUAUCAUGAAUUUACUGGGAAAAGAUGAAAUAAUCAUUUCUUACACGCAUACAUGAAUUCCGCGUCUCGUCUAUUCUAGAUUCCAUGGUUGUGCUUAAGUUCUUCCGGGGGGGUCGGGUUAUUGCUGCCGGGAGUUCGGAGCCGUAGUGUGUGUUUUAACCGUAAGGUCUGACGUGCGCAAUAUGUACAGAGAUCUCAGAGGAGAUAUAAUUUUUUUCUCCUAGAGAUCGAAGCUUUUGUCUUGAGUUAAUAUAGCGUGGACUUAUUCUAGACAGACUGAAGAGGAUAUACGCUUUCAAAGGCAUUCAAUCCUAAAAUCUUCCGAACACCUCCCUACUAAAAUUAUUCAUCCCCUACCCCCUCCCCCCCCCUUCACACGCACACACCUAAGAAAGGGCAGCAGUAUUACAAGAACAACAGGAACAGAACGACGCAGAUGCAAACGCAUUUCCUGAAGAUCCUUCUUCAUUAACUUUGAGUAGAUGUAACUUUGUAGCCGUAAAUGAAUAUAAGACUAGAGCCAUUAUUUAUAGUGAUGAAGGAAUUUGUUUUAUUUAGCUCGUACUUUAAAAAAAAAAAAAGAAAAAAAAAAUAUUUACAUUUCGUGCGCUUUUAAAGUGUAUUUUAAAUUAUAUUUACAUGAGAAAACUAAGGAAUUUCAAAUACUAAACUGAGUGUCGGGUUAAUUUAUCGGUUAUAGAUUUCUUUCGAUUGCAGGGUUCUUUAAAGAAGAAGAAAUACAAAGAAAUACAUUGCAGAAAGGAAUAGCUUGCUUCUCGUAUGUCUUGCAGACCAUGAGCUAGCAUUUAAUUUUAUGCAUAUAUGUGGAAUGUUUAUCGACUAUAACAAGAGCCGUUGUGUAGGAGUAAAAGUUAAUUGCUUCAGUUAAGACUUCAUGAUGCUGGACAAAUCAUACCGUAGAUAAAACAAAAGAACCUAGCACACAAUGCUUUCAAAACAACCGAGAGGCUUUUCCAUCACCCUAUCACAAAAACAAUCGGCUAAGUUAAAGAAAUAGGCCAUUUUUUUUCUUUUCACUGGCGCAAGACAUAGAAAAAAAUUGUGGAUUCACCACGACGAUAAUUUUCCUACAUGCUAGUUACAAGUUUCAUUUUAUUCCUUUUUUUUUUUAAUUUGUAGAUGGGACUGGCCUUUGUUACGGUACUCUUCUUAAUAGUUUGUUUCACCGAAGUGGAUGUGGCUCGUAAGUUGAAUACAGAAUCUCAUAUGAAAAAAAAAGACAGUAUAUAUAUGAUUUUCAGUAUUGAAAGAGUCGUAGGUCAAAGGAUAGGGCAUAUAAAAAUUUUCAAGACAUGUUGAGGUCUGUGGCCAAAAUUUUAAAACGAAAAGCUUUCAAAGGAUCUUGUUUCAUUUUGUUUGUUCCAUUUUCCCGUCACGUACAAUUUAUAUUUACAUCCCAACUCUUCCGUGUAUUGGUUUAUCCGUAUCACUGCCCCCUACGCACGUCUUUUCAUCGGACCCAUAGAAACCCUACAAUAUUUUGAAAUUGUUAUUCUAGAUAAAGCCACGGACUGCACUUUUGAAAUCGCUAUUAUACUAUGAAAACUCUCUUGGGAUGUGGUGUGUAAACUUGAAAAUGGUUUUAAAAUCAUUCGCCAUCCUCGUGCGCUCCCAAAGGGACUGAAUUGUGAAUGAAAGCUCUGGCCUUUCUUCCCCAUCCCCACCUCCUCCCUCCACAUUAUCAUAUUGUACAAUGGAGCAUGUCUACCGGUGGUUUAUGAUUAAAGAGCACGAAUCAUACAAUAGUGAGGAUUACUGUUGGAGAUCGAAUCAAGGUGAAUUCCCAAUUAUCUCUUGGAUCGGUCUGUGAAUACUCGACAAAUUUCUCCAGCAAUCAUUAUAAAAUGCAAAAUGUCUUUUUUUUCUUGUCUUCCACAGAUGGAUACGAUAAGGACCCGUGUUCUAAUUACCGCACCCUGCGUGGCGCUGAUCGUGCGGCGGGAUUCAACAAGCUAACAAAGAAAUCAGAUAAACGCAAAGCAUAGAAAGAGGAUUGGUACCGAUUCACUGGGGAUGCAGGAAACAAAAUGGCCAUUAUGUAAGUUCUUUCUUUUGUGAUAAAUCAGUAUUGUGAAUUUAUCUUCAGUGACGCAGUGUAACUGACACUCAACCCCCCUCUCCCCCCUCCCCGAGGAAGAGAAACAAAUUUGUGUUCACUACUAACUACCCAGGGUUCUAAAAAACGUUCAAAUCGUCGUGAGGAAUGAUUUCUCGGGGGUGGUGGAGGGAACUCCAUUCUCCUUUCAUGUCGACAGAUUACAUCAUUCUUGUCAUCGUUGUCGACGAAGUCAUCAUUGUACGGUAGUCAGUUAUUGCAGCAGGAAUAGCGUUAUAAUUCUAAAACAAACCAAUCAGGGGCAAGAAAAAUCGAGAAUGCGCAGUAAUGCCAUUUUGCUUGUAAUUUUUUGGUUUGCAUUAUUAUAAAUGUCCUGAUUAGCCAUGUAGUCGGUCAUGAUAUUUAUUUUACAUGUUAUGUGCAAAAAUAAGCAUGAAUUCUGAGCCUGUAAUGUUUUUUACUUCUCUGCGCCGAGACAUAAGCUGGCACUGAAUUAAUAAACCGUCUCAAUCUUAGUGACCAAAAUGGAGGUGGCUGCUUGAAGUCUCCUGCAUGUGGGGCCAUGUUUCCUGCCUAUCUUCUCAAGCCACACCCUGUUAACUUGAAGCCUGGGGAAAGUGCCCAAGCCACGGUUUGCUAUACAACUGGGAAGACUUGCUGCGCAAAGACUCAAGAAAUAGCGAUCAAGAAAUGUUCAGGUUUCUUUAUCUACAAACUUCCUCCUGCCUGCCUCAAACGAGGAAGAUAUUGUGGGGAUAAAGGUAAGUCAAACUAGGUACGGAUUGCAACAAGAGGACGCAAGUAAAAGCUUCUAUUCUUUGACCAUUUUCAUAAAAGGUGUUGCUGAGCUAUUUGCUAAGCUACUGGGACACAAGAAAAUUGAAACUUUUCACUAAGUUAAAAAGGUACAGACUAUCCUCAUCUAUCACCGAGGGGAGGGGGGUAAUCUUCCACCGUAUUCAGAUUUGUUUUGAAGAAACACCGGCGAGGAGGGAUUGUGGGGGGGGGGGAGAGGGGUUUAAUGCUUGAGUCAAUGUCUAUGUGAUUAAGGCUCGGCUUAUAUUCCUUUUGUUUUAAAACAGAAAAAAGGGAACCGGAGUGUGAUGAGAUGAAACUGUUGUAUGGUAUGUUUUUGCUUACGUGUUUGUUUGUCUUUGUUUUUCAUUUUGAGUUGUUUGGUUCGUUCGCUUGGCAUGAGAUCAGUAUUAUUAGUGGGGAGUUCGGGUACUGUCCUUUCCAUCAAUUAGACUUUGAAUUAAUUCUAAGUAAUAGACUGAUAGAAAACUUAUUCCGUGUUUACAUCGCCUCAUCUAAAUAAGAAAGGGGGGGGGGCUGAGACCCGAGAAUUCUACCCAUUGCAAUCUCCAAAGAUGCGCAUUUACUUCAUAGUUACUGCGCAGUAAAUUCACAUUUCGUUACACAUUUUUUCUAUUUUUUUUUUCCCUCGACAAGGGAGGCAAAGCACUGAAUUUCGUCUAUCUCUUUCUUCUCUUUUUCUCUUCGGGUUCAGGGGGAAAGAGAUAGCCAAACUCCAAAGCAAAAUUUGGAAAAGUUUUCUCCAUUUCUAAUAUUUGUUAUUCGUGCUUGAAAUUACUUUACGAGCGUUGCAAAUGCUUUGAGCUUUAAAUGUUUUCAAAUUGUGCCGGGGAAACACAAAAAGCGUGACGUGACAACCGUGUUUACACCAAUUAACCAAUGAGAGUGGGCUCAUCGUCUCAAUCAUUUUAUAAUAUGUGUUUCUCUACAGGCCUGAUCAAAAAGUACCCAGGAAAGUCAUGUAAAGAUAUUAAAGAAAAGCGAAAAGAUGCAACUUCCGGUGUGUACUGGAUUAAACCUGGAGGAGGCCAAACAGUACAGGCCUACUGCGACCAAGAAACGGAUGGCGGAGGCUGGACUCUAGUGUAUAGCUACACAUUUACAAACUACAGGUUGUUAUUACUCCCUCUAUUUAUUCAUCAUCCUGCUUGUUUAAUUGUCUGCGUAUGUAUUUGUUCAUUUACUGAACAAUCUUUAAAUUUUUCAAAAGGGCAUUCAGACAUGGUUCAAAUGCGAUUACACCACGUCCCAACUGGCCUAUAUCCCAUCACGUUGGGAAUUUCUACCAAUCAACUACCCCCCCUGUAAGUGAGACUGACUACAACGCCAUGGGAUUCGACCUGUGGAAGUCUCUUGGCAGUGAGUUCAUGGUGAAAUCCAACAUCAACCACUGGAUCGCUUGUAAAGAAGGAACCGGAAGUCUGGUGGAAUUCAAAACUGGAAGUGUUUUAUGCCGCAUUAUAAAGAAUGUGGCUUCUAAAUGUCAUAACUACGUUCCCGACCAACUCAUUCUUCAUGCUGCUGGAAAUCCUGCAGGUUCUACUCUGGGACCGGAUCUGAUACGAUCUCAAAGUAACUCAUGGUUAAAGGAGUAUUACUAUUUCGAGUCUAACACACGCACAGGGAACUGGCCUACCCAUGAUCCUUGUGGCACGAACAGUCUGAACCACCUCACCAACGUCAACAACCCUCAUGGAAACAUCUACAUCCGGUAAUGGCGCG